AUGGUGGUGGGUAAUGAAGGUCUUCUUCUGCCAAGGUGGCCGGUGUGGCACGUCAUGGUCCCACCACCGCGUUCCUGGGUGCCCAGUGGCAUCCUGGCCACUCUGCUUCUCUGGGUGGCCACAGUAGAAGCAGCCACGGGGCGGUGGUGCCAGCGGACGGUGACGGUGACGACGGAGGAGGAGGUGAUGCCGCGGCAGGAGGACGUGGUGCCCUGCGCCAGCCUCUACCACUACAGCCUGGCUGGUUGGCACCUCGACCGGCACCGCACGAGCCAGACCCACGGUGGCCAGCCCCACGGCGGCCAGCCCCACCGCCCAGACCCCCAACAACCCGGCUCCCCCACCCAGCUCUGCUACAUCUACCGACCCCCGGAGAUGCGGCCGGUGGUGAGGAACCGUACGGUGCGUGGCUGCUGCCCGGGCUGGAGCGGACCCCACUGCACUGAAGGUGACGCCGCGCUGGGACGCUGCUACGGCACGUGGCGGUGCCAGGAGGCCACCGGCAACCAAAACCUCUCUGCCAUGAGCCUGGCCGAGUGCUGCCGGCACCCCUGGGGACACAGCUGGAGGAACGGCUCCACCGCCUCCUGCCUCCCCUGCACCCGCCUGCCCCUCCACGGAGAGUUGUCCCCGUGGCCACUGCUGGCCACAGCCGCCCGGCACCAGGGUCCCUCGGCCGAGUGUCUCUCCUGGGCAGGAUCCCGCUACCGCACCUUUGACGGGAGGCACUUCCACUUCUCCGGCCGCUGCACCUACAGCCUGGCCACCGCCACCGACGGCACCUGGGACAUCUCCAUCGCCGCCGGCCACCCCCGGGUGCUGCACAUGACCUUUGGCAUGGACACGGUGGUGGCCCGGGGCCGAAACAUCUCCGUGAACAGCGUGGUGGUGCCCGAGGGACAGCCCUACCUGCACAGCGGGAUCGGUGUCACCUGGCUGGGUGACUGGGUGGCCGUGGCCAGCGGGCUGGGCGUGCGGGUGGCCUCGGAUGGGCACCAGGCGGUCACCGUGACGGUCGAGGCUGAGCUGUGGGGCGGCACGAGGGGGCUCUGCGGCCCCUACAACGACGACCCUACUGAUGACUUCUUGCAGCCUGGGGGGGACGUGGCCCCUUUUGCCACCAGCUUUGGCAACUCCUGGAAGAUCCCAGGCGCCGACUCGGAGCCCCCCUGCAGGGACGCGGUGGAGCUGGGUCCCGGCUGCGCGGCAGGGGACAUGGCACGGCGGGCGGCCGAGGCUGUCUGCGGGAAGCUGUUGACCGAGCCCUUCCGUGAGUGCCACGACGAGGUGAGCGGGGGCCCAGGGGGGUACCGGGGGGUGGAUCCCGCUGGCUAUUACACGGCAUGCCUGGACCUGCUGUGCGUGGGGGGGGACACGGGACCCCCGCCACCCCCCGCCGUCUGCGAGGUGACAGUGGACGGGCGGGAGGUGACACUGCCCUUUGCCAGCGCCGAGCUGAGUGUUCGCCGGGCGUCCUCCUCCUUCCUCCUGCUCCAGACCUUUGGGGCUCACCUCCUUUGGGGGCUGGAGACCCCCGUUGCCUACAUCACCCUCCAGCCCACCUUUGCCCACAAGGUGCGGGGUCUCUGUGGGACCUACAACUGGGACCAGCAGGAUGAGUUCACCACGCCGGCGGGUGAUGUGGAGACCGGCGUCACCGCCUUCGCCAACCAGUACCGGGCAUCGGGCGACUGCCCCGUGCUCGGCCCCGUCCCCCUCCAGCCCUGCGACGCCUUCGCCGGGCGGCGGGAGGUGGCCGAGGCCGCCUGCGCCAUCCUGCACGGACCAGCCUUCCAGCCGUGCCACCGGGCGGUGGAGCCGGAGCCCUUCCUGCAGCUCUGCCUGCACGACGCCUGCUCCUGCCGGGGCGGGCAGCGCUGCCUGUGCCCUGCGCUCGCUGCCUACGCCCGGGAGUGCGCCCGCGAGGGAGCCCAGCUCUCCUGGAGGAACCAGAGCUUCUGCGGCAUGGUGGCCACGGUGUCCUCUGCAUCCGUGGCCAGUGUGGUGGGAGGCAUGGUGGCCACGGUGUCCUCUGCAUCCGUGGCCAGUGUGGUGGGAGGCAUGGUGGCCACCAUGUCCUCUGUACCCACACUGAUGUGCACGUGCCAGGGUGGGCGCUGGCUCUGUAGCCAGGACCGGUGCCCGGGGGAGUGCACGGUGCUGGGGGGCCACCACUACGUCACCUUCGACCGCCGGCGCUUCUCCUUCCUGGGCGCCUGUGCCUACAUCCUGGUCCAGGACUUCGUGGAGGGGCAGCUGCUGAUCACGGCUGAGCAUGAGCCUUGCGAUGGCCACCAGCCCCUCAGAUGUCUCCGGUCCCUCUCCAUCACCACCCGCCGGACCUCUGCUCGCCUCCGCGGCACAGGCGAGGUGACAGUGGACGGGCGGGAGGUGACACUGCCCUUUGCCAGCGCCGAGCUGAGUGUUCGCCGGGCAUCCUCCUCCUUCCUCCUGCUCCAGACCUUUGGGGCUCACCUCCUUUGGGGGCUGGAGACCCCCCUGUACCAGGAGUGUGUCCCUCCCUGCGGCCGGACCUGCGCCGACCUGCGCCUGGACGGGGCCGGCUCCUGCCCCGACCUGGCCGGGCUCUGUGUCCCCGGCUGCAACUGCCCCCCGGGGCUGGUGCUGGAUGACGGUGGCCAAUGUGUCCCACCGGCCGCCUGCCCCUGCCGCCACGGCACCCGGCUCUACCCUCCCAGCGGCCACAUCCGACGGGGCUGCAACCCCUGGUGCGUGGCCCAUGCGCCGUGCCACCGGGCGGUGGAGCCGGAGCCCUUCCUGCAGCUCUGCCUGCACGACGCCUGCUCCUGCCGGGGCGGGCAGCGCUGCCUGUGCCCCGCGCUCGCUGCCUACGCUCGGGAGUGCGCCCGCGAGGGAGCCCAGCUCUCCUGGAGGAACCAGAGCUUCUGCGACGAGCCGUGUGGGGGGGGACAGCUGUACCAGGAGUGUGUCCCUCCCUGCGGCCGGACCUGCGCCGACCUGCGCCUGGACGGGGCCGGCUCCUGCCCCGACCUGGCCGGGCUCUGUGUCCCCGGCUGCAACUGCCCCCCGGGGCUGGUGCUGGAUGACGGUGGCCAAUGUGUCCCACCGGCCGCCUGCCCCUGCCGCCACGGCACCCGGCUCUACCCUCCCGGCGGCCACAUCCGACGGGGCUGCAACCCCUGUGUCUGUGCUGGUGGUUCCUGGCGCUGCUCCGAAGCCCCCUGCCCCGUGGCUGCCCUCUGCCCUGGGGGGCUGGUUCAUGCCCCGGGGUCCUGCCUGCGCCGCUGUGACAGCGCCGAGCCCAACGGCACCUGCACCGGCAUCGCCGAUGGCUGCGUCUGCCCCCCUGGCACCCUCUUCCUGGAUGGGCACUGUGUGUCCCCAGAGGAGUGUCCUUGCCACCACGGUGGGCGGCUCUACCGGCCCAAUGACACCAUCGUCCGGGACUGCAACACCUGGUUGUCCAUUGACUGGGGCAUGGUGCCCAGCGAACAGUGCCUGCCGUGCCACCGGGCGGUGGAGCCGGAGCCCUUCCUGCAGCUCUGCCUGCACGACGCCUGCUCCUGCCGGGGCGGGCAGCGCUGCCUGUGCCCCGCGCUCGCUGCCUACGCUCGGGAGUGCGCCCGCGAGGGAGCCCAGCUCUCCUGGAGGAACCAGAGCUUCUGCGUCUACAGUGGGACCGGGCUGACGCUGGAGCGCGCCGGCCUCUUCCUCCUCCUCCUCUCCCGCCUGGGGCUGGCGGUGCUCUGGGAUGGAGGCACGCGGGUGUACGUCCGGCUGGAGCCGCGGCACCGGGGCCGCGUGGCCGGGCUCUGCGGCAACUUCGACGGCGACGCCGAGAACGAUUUCACCAGCCGCCAAGGGGUCCUGGAGCCCACCCCCGACCUCUUCGGCAACUCCUGGCGCCUCAGCCUCCUCUGCCCCGAGGUGGACGGCGCCGAGGCGCAGCACCCCUGCACCGAGAGUCCCCACCGGGCGACGUGGGCGCGCAGGCGCUGCAGCGUCCUCCAGCAGCGGCUCUUCGCCCCGUGCCACGACGCGGUGCCGUCCCAGCGCUUCUACGACUGGUGCAUCUUCGAUGCCUGCGGCUGUGACUCCGGGGGGGACUGCGAGUGCCUCUGCACGGCCAUCGCCACCUACGCCGAGGAAUGUGGCCGGCGCGGCAUCCACAUCCGCUGGAGGAGCCAGGAGCUGUGCCCCUUGCAGUGUGACCGGGGGCUGGAGUACAGCGCCUGCGGCCCCCCCUGCCCCCCAACUUGCCGAGACCUCGGCCGGGACCCCCCCGAGCACUGCCAGGGCCUGGCCUGCCUGGAGGGCUGCUUCUGCCCCCCGGGGAGGGUCCUGCACGAUGGCGGCUGCGUGGAUCCAGCCGAGUGUCCGUGUUUCUGGGACGGAUUCGCCUUCCCGGCCGGCGCCACGGUGCAGCAGGGCUGCAGGAACUGCACGUGCGUGGCAGGGGGGUGGCAGUGCCCACCCUCCCCGUCCCCCUGCCCGUCCCGGCCGGGCUGUGCUGCCGGGGAGUUCUCCUGCCGCGCUGACGGGCGCUGCGUGCCGGGGGCCUGGCUCUGCGACAACGAGGAGGAUUGUCCCGACGGCUCCGACGAGCUCUGCCCCCCGUCCCCCUGCGCCCCACACCAGCCCCGCUGCGCCCAGGGGCAGUGCCUGGAGUGGGGCGCCCGCUGCGACGGCGUCCCCGACUGCCCCGACGGCUCCGACGAGGGGGGCUGCCCCCCAACCGCCUGCGUCCCCCCCGAAUUCAGCUGCACCAGCGGCCGCUGCCUCCCCCCGGAACGGGUCUGCGACGGGGAGCUGGACUGCGGGUUUGCUGACCACUCGGACGAGGCAGGCUGCAGCCCGAGCUGUGGGGCGGGCGAGUUCCGCUGCGCGGUGGGCCGGUGCGUGCCGUACCCUCGGCGCUGCGACGGCCGCGACGACUGCGGCGACUCCAGCGAUGAGCGGGGCUGCCUCUGCCCCCCUGGCCACUUCCAGUGCCCCCACGACGCCCGCUGCUUGCCCCCGGCCACCCUCUGCGACGGCCACCCCCACUGCGCCAACGGCACCGACGAGGCCUUCUGCCCAGCACCGGGGUGCCACCCCUCCGCCGUGGCUUGCGGGAGCGGGGAGUGCGUGCCGCGGGGCUGGCUCUGCGACGGCGAGGCCGACUGCCCCGAUGGCAGCGACGAGCUGGGCUGUGGGGACGGUUGCCCCCCCGGCCACUUCCCCUGCGCCCGCGGCACCGGCUGCGUCCCCUACGGCCACCUCUGCGACGGCGUCCCCCACUGCCGCGACCACUCCGACGAGAGCAACGACCACUGCGGUUCCACCGCCGUCCCCCCCUGCCCGGGACACUUUGCCUGUGCCGAUGGCAGCGUGUGCCUCAACGUGUCCAGGGUCUGCGACGGUGUCACUGACUGUCCCCAGGGCGAGGACGAGCUCUACUGCCACGCCUGCUACCGCCCGCUGGGCAUUGCCACCCUGCCCCCCGAUGAGACCCAUGGGGGGCUGCGCUCCGACCCCCCCUUCCUGCAGCUGGACCUGCUGGAGCCCACCAAUGUGGUGGUGGUGGUGGAGGUGGCAAUGGAGGUGGUGGAAGUGGUUAUGGAGCUGAUGGUGGAGAUGGUGGCAGUGGUUGAGGUGGCAAUGGAGGUGGUGGUGGUGGUGGAGGUGGCAAUGGAGGUGGUGGAAGUGGUUAUGGAGCUGAUGGUGGAGAUGGUGGCAGUGGUUGAGGUGGCAAUGGAGGUGGUGGAAGUGGUUAUGGAGCUGAUGGUGGAGAUGGUGGCAGUGGUUGAGGUGGCAAUGGAGGUGGUGGUGGUGGUGGAGGUGGCAAUGGAGGUGGUGGAAGUGGUUAUGGAGCUGAUGGUGGAGAUGGUGGCAGUGGUUGAGGUGGCAAUGGAGGUGGUGGUGAUGAUGGCAGUGGUGGAAGUGGUUGUGGCGGAGGUGAUAGACGUGGUGGUGGAUGUGGUAGUAGUGGUGGUAGAGGUGGUGGUGGUGAUGGUCCGCUCCUGCGGGCUGGGGGUCUCCCUGCGCCGGCGGGUCCUGCUGCGGGGGGGCCUGCCCGGGGGGGGCUGCACCCACCCCCACCUUGACACCCGCGCCUGCUUCCUCCGCGCCUGCCCAGUGCCCGGUGGCUGGGCAGCCUGGGGGUCCUGGUCCCCCUGCGACGUCGAGUGUGGGGGGGGCGUGCGGAGCCGUGUGCGGAGCUGCAGCGACCCUCCCCCCAAAAAUGGGGGGCAGCCCUGCCCGGGGGGCACCCUCCAGGUCCAGCCCUGCAACCUGCAGCCCUGCGGGGACCCCCCAGCUGAUGGCACCCCCCGGGCAGGGUGCCGGUGCCCGCCGGGGCUCUACCUGCAGGACGGCGGCUGCGUCAACGCCAGCGGGUGCCGGUGCCACCUCCCUGGGGGACAGCGGCCCCCUGGCCAGGACUUCAUGUGGGGCUGCCGGCGGUGCGUGUGCCGGGACGGGAGGGUGACGUGCCAGGACGUGGCUUGUGCCACCGACUGCGGCUGGUCCUCCUGGUCACCCUGGACCCACUGCGACGGCGGCUGCGGCGCGGGGACGCAGGAGAGGUUCAGGUCGCCCUCCAACCCCGCGGCAGCCACCGGCGGAGCCCCCUGCACCGGGGCGUCCCGGGAGGUGCGGGAGUGCCACCAGCCCUGCGGCACCGCAGAGCCCAGCCCCGGCUGGAGCCCCUGGACGCCGUGGGGCGAGUGCUCCGCACCCUGCGGCUCCGGCGAGCAGCGCCGGCACCGGGACUGUGCCAGCCGGGCACCGGGGGGGGGCAACUGCACCGGCCCCCGCCUCCAGACACGGGACUGCAACACCCAGCCCUGCCGAGCGCGGUGCCCGGCGGACAUGGUUUACCGGACGGCGGAGGAGUGCCGUGGCGGUGGGGGUCCGUGCCCGCGGCUGUGCCAGGACCUGGGGGCGGGUGUGGAGUGUGCCGCGCUGUGCCACGACGGCUGCGCCUGCCCGCCCGGGCUCCUGCUGCACAACCAGACCUGCGUGCCACCCCACCGCUGCCCCUGCCACUACCGGGGCCACCUCUACCAGCCCGGGGACACCACCGCCAUCGACGCCUGCAACAACUGCACCUGCACCGCCGGGGUGAUGGUGUGUGGCACCGAACCCUGCCCAGGUACCGGCCGUGGGGGCCACCUCUACCAGCCCGGGGACACCACCGCCAUCGACGCCUGCAACAACUGCACCUGCACCGCCGGGGUGAUGGUGUGUGGCACCGAACCCUGCCCAGAGGAGCCGUGGGGCGCGUGGUCGCCGUGGGGGCCCUGCGGCGUGUCCUGCGGUGGGGGCGAGCGGCUGCGCCGGCGGCGGUGCCACCACCCCCCGUGCCCGGGGCUGGCCCUGCAGAGCCAGAUGUGCAACACCCAGGUGUGCCGGGAGGCGGGGUGCCCGGCGGGGCGGCUGUACCGCGAGUGCCAGCGGGACGAGGGGUGCCCCUACAGCUGCGCCCACGUGGCCGGGCGGGUGGGCUGCGUCUGGGGGGGCUGCCCCGAGGGCUGUCACUGCCCCCCCGGCACUUACCUGCACCGCGGCGCCUGCCUCCGGGUGAGACCCGGCACCCAAGGCACCUGCCUGCACGGCCGCCUGCGCUGCUCGGAGCCGGGGUGCCGGCGGGACGGGGGGUUCGGGCCCUGGGGCCCCUGGAGCCCCUGUUCCCCCACUUGUGGGGGGCUGGGGGUGAUGACCCGAUGGCGGGGCUGCACCAGCCCCCCACCCGCCAACGGGGGCCGGGACUGUGAGGGACCCCGCAGCGACAGCAAGUACUGCCAGACCCCCGACUGCCCCGUGACGGCUGUCCCCACCCUGGAGCUCAGACCCACCACCCCAGGCACUGAGGAAGAGGAGGCCUUUGGCCCCUGGUCCCCCUGGACCCCCUGCUCCAAGACCUGCACCCGCCCCGAGGCUCCGGCCACCAAGAGCCGCAACCGGACCUGCAGCCGGGAGGGGGGCUGCGGGGGGGGCACCAUCCAGCAGCUGCCCUGCAACCUGCCCCACUGCGCAGGCGUGCCCCCCAGCCGCUGCGAGUGCAGGGACGCGGGGGGGCAGAGCUGGGUGCCGGGGAGCCGCCGGAUCGACGCCUGCACCAACUGCACCUGCACCGGGGGGCGUCUGCGCUGCACCCCCGCGGGCUGCCCCCCCGAACCCUGCCCAUGGAGCCGCUGGAGCCGCUGGGCGCCCUGCAGUGUCACCUGCGGGGAGGGACGGCAGGCCCGCUUCAGGACCCCCACCCCAGAGACGGGGGACGGCGAGUGCGAGGGGCCCCAGGAGGAGAGCCGGGGGUGCUCGGGGGGGCCCUGCCCACCCCUCUGCCUGCAGGGGGGCAGCGAGCGGCAGCUGGGCGAGAGCUGGCCCCAGGGCGAGUGCCAGCGAUGCACCUGCACCCCCGAGGGCACCCAGUGCCAGGACAUCCCCUGUGCCGGGUCGGGGGGCUGCGUGUGGGGUGCCUGGACCCCCUGCUCCCGCUCCUGUGGCACCGGCCUGGCCACCCGGGAGGCUGCCUGUCACCACAGCCACGGUGACGGUGACAGUGAUGGUGCCGGUGAUGGUGACGGUGAUGGUGAUGGUGCCAGCCAGGAGCUACACCGUGAGGCGCGGGUGUGUUAUCUGCGCCCCUGCCCAGGUAAGGUGUCGGGGUGGGGGCUGCUGGAGCAGGCUGGGGGCUGUGUGCCCCCCACCCAGUGCGACUGCCUGCACCCCGGGGGGCAGGGGGACCCCCAGACCCUGGCUGCUGGCGACACCGUCCUCCUGGGCUGCAAGGAGUGCGUGUGCCAGAACGGGACCCUGCAGUGCAGCAGCGAGGGCUGCCAGGGGCUGCUGCCGCUGACCCCCUGGUCGGAGUGGACGCCCUGUGGCCCCUGCCUGCCCCUGGCUGCCCUGGAGCCUGGCACCCUGGCCCAGCUGGGCCAGUUGUGGCCAACAGAGGGGACCCCGCUGGAGGGGACCCCGGCGGAGGGGACAGCAGUGGGGGUCCCGGCCCUGGCCGCGGUGCAGCAUCGCUACAGAACCUGCCUGGACCCCCAAACUGGGCUGCCCUGGGCCGGCGAUGGGGCCACCUGCUUGGCUGAGCUGCGGCAGCAGCGUCUCUGCCCAGACCCCCACCUCUGCCAAGAUCUCUGCCUCUGGAGCCCUUGGGGUCCCUGGGGACCCUGCCAGGACCCCUGCGGUGGGGGGUACCGCCUGCGCCACCGGGGUCCGUGCUCCCGAAGCUGCGGUGGUGGGAACACCACCCGGCACCGCGAGUGCCAGGAGAGCGCUGGGGGGGAGCCCUGUGGAGACACCGGCACCGAGGAGACAGCUGAGUGCAACACACAGCCCUGCCACGCCUGUCCCCCGGGCGAGCUUUGGCAGGGCCCCGACCCAUCGACCGGCUGCGAGCGGAGCUGCCGGGACAUCUCGGACGAGCCACCGGGCAACUGCAGUGGCCCCCCAGCCCCCGGCUGCACUUGCCAGCCCGGCCACCACCGCAACAGCUCCGGCCACUGCGUCCUGGCCGCCCUCUGCGAGUGCUGGCACCGGGGGCAGCUCCAUGAGGCUGGCAGCGAGUGGCAGGAGGAGUGUGAGACCUGUCGCUGCCGGAGCGGGCAGGCUGCCUGCAGUGCCCACUGCCCCCCGCUCGCCUGCCCCGAGGUCAGUGACCCCAACCUCUCCUCCCCAGCAGAUGGUGAUGUCUUGCUGCAGAGGGAGGCCAGGAAGGUCACCAAAGGGCUGUCAGACCCCACCACCCUGCUCCCGGCCAUGUCCAAGCGAGAUGGGAAGCGAUGGGGAGCCCUCCCAGCCAAGCUGCUGCCGGCCCGUCCACCUUCUGCCACCCCGGGGGCAAAGAGACCCCGCUCCUGCUCCGAGUGUGGGAAGAGCUUCCGCAAGAUCCGGGACCAGAAGAAGCUCCAGCAGACACACACGGUGGCACGGCCCUUCUCCUGCCGGCAGUGCGGCCGCAAGCUUGAGCUGAAGCAGAAGCUGGUGUCUCACCAGAAGGUCCAUGCGAAGCUGGGGCUGGGGGAGCCGCCGGUGGUGCCGGUGUCAGGCUUUGGUGGCCGGUGCUGA